AUGAGAUCCGUUAAGGCAGCGAUUUUGCUCGGUAGCUGUUUGCUUCUGUUGGCACUGCCCGUACAGUCGGCACCUGGUAGCCUGAACGGCCGUGUGGUGGGCGGCGAGGAUGCCGUGAAAAAUCAGUUUCCCCACCAGGUGUCCCUGAGGAACGCCGGCUCCCACAGCUGUGGAGGUUCGAUUCUGUCCAGGAACUACAUCUUAACCGCCGCCCAUUGUGUAACCAAUCAGGACUCAAAUGGCAAUCACAUUCCAAUUGCUGCGGAGCGUUUCACCAUUCGAGCGGGUUCCAACGAUCGAUUCAGCGGUGGAGUCCUUGUCCAGGUGGCCGAGGUGAUUGUCCACGAGGAGUACGGCAACUUCCUUAACGACGUGGCCCUGCUGCGAUUAGAGACCCCACUGAUCCUGUCCGCGAGCAUUCAGCCCAUCGAUCUACCCACUGCGGAUACGCCGGCGGAUGUAGAUGUCGUAAUUUCCGGCUGGGGAAGGAUCAAGCACCAGGGAGACUUGCCUCGCUAUCUGCAAUACAACACUCUAAAGUCCAUUUCCUUGGAGAGGUGUGACGAUCUGAUCGGCUGGGGAGUCCAGAGCGAGUUGUGCCUGAUCCACGAGGCCGAUAAUGGAGCGUGCAAUGGGGACUCUGGUGGUCCGGCCGUAUAUAACAACCAAGUGGUGGGCGUGGCCGGGUUCGUGUGGUCUGCCUGUGGAACCAGCUUUCCAGAUGGAUAUGCCAGGGUGUACUAUCACAACGCAUGGAUCAAAAAUAACUCGGAUGUGAAAUAAUGGCAUUGCUGAAGUGCGGGAAUUUCAUUUAAAUAACUUCUGAACGAUAAUUAGAAUAUUUUGA